CAAGUGGUCGUUUAAGUCUAUUUUAUUCUACGGAAUGGCCCUAUAAAGAUCAAAACAGCUGGAUAACAUCAUCAGAGCUGACUUUUCCAUGACGAAAGAAGCCGAUGAGAUUCAAGCAGCGCCAGAAAUUAAGAUUGAGAAGCAAGACGUCAGCUCCGGAUGUUUAUGUUAUAUUUUAAUCGAUGCUUAAGAGCCAGGACUGAUUUAAUAAAGUGGAUUACUGUGCUACUUCCUGUAGAAGCACUCGGAAAGGAAUGAAAGCCGAGCAGUUUCAUUUUCUAAGGGCAAAGCUGAUGACAUAAAACUGAAAUUAGACGGAUUUUAUUCUGCAAAACUACGUCACUUUUAAAUUUAGAAAUCAAAGGAAGGGAUUAGAGAUGGCUCCCUUUAUUUAAACUUUACAAAAUAAACAAAGUAGCAGGUUUGUGUUCGCAUUAUUUAUUGUCAGGCUAUAGCUAGUGAGGAGUGGACACCCAGCAGCAGCCAGCUGGAGGAAGGGCGCAGAUUUCGGAAAGGCUCAGUGGCAGAAAGCCUGACACUCAAACUGCCUGUAAACAUUACGCAGUAGGUGUGGUCUGGGUUUGACUAAAUACAAACCCAACCAGAAACCUUCUGUAUCUCUCUCUGGACACUCACUGCACAGAGCCAGAACGACUCCAAUAUUAUUACUUGUUGAACAGGCAUGAUGGUGAACUGCUGUGGUCUGCUUACUGCUAAUAAGGAACCAGUUCCUCUGAAGAGCAUUGAAGUGGAGCUGGAGGUGAGGGACCAUGUGGCUACACUGGUCUCCACUCUGCUCUACGAGAACAAGGAGGACAAACCACUGGAGGCUGUUUUUGUCUUCCCUCUGCCUGGAGAUGCUGCUGUCUGUCAUUUCAGUGCUAAGAUUGGACAAACACAGAUUGUAGCUGAGGUGAAGGAGAAACAGGAGGCUCAUGAGGAAUAUGAUGAUGCAUUGAGCUCCGGUCAGCAGGCCUUCCUAUUGGAGGAGAGUGAUCAGAGCCCAGAUAUAUUCUCUCUGAGUGUGGGCAGUCUGCCUCCAGGAGAGAGCGCCUCCAUCAGACUGGAGUACGUCACUGAGCUGGCUGUGCAGGCUGAUGACGGGCUGAGGUUUUGUCUGCCUGCUGUGCUCAACCCUCGCUACCAACCUCAGGGAAGUGAAAAUAGUGGAAGUAGUGAAGGUGGCAGCGUCCAGGUGACGUCUGUUCCAGCCUCUCUGGUGCCCUACAGUCUGUCUUUCUCUGCCCGGGUGUUUUCUCCUCGUCCAAUCUCUAAAGUAGAGUCUAAGUGUUCCCUGGACCCUCUCCAGUACCUCAACACAGAGCAAACUCAGGCCACAAUCAAGUUGGCUGCAGGACACAAGUUUGACAGGGAUGUUGAACUGUUGAUUUAUUACAAAGACGCCCACCAGCCCACUGCUGUGGUGGAGGCAGGACAGGCCUCUGCCAAGCCUGGCACUCUGAUGGGUGAUCCAGUGGUGAUGCUGAGCCUGUACCCUGAGUUCCCCCAGGCUGUGAUGUCUUCAGUCGCAUCACAUGGAGAGUUUGUGUUCUUGAUUGAUCGAUCUGGAAGUAUGGGUUGUUGUGUGGAUAACAGCAACCGGCAAGAGACUCGCAUUGGCAGUGCCAGGGAUACUCUACUGCUCCUGCUGAAGAGUUUACCAAUGGGCUGCUACUUCAAUAUCUACAGUUUUGGGUCCAGUUAUCAACAUACCUUCCCUAAGAGUGUGGAGUACAGUGAGAAGACCAUGAAAGAGGCUCUGAAGGAAGUUGAGAAGAUGGACGCUGAUCUGGGAGGAACAGAGAUCCUGGAGCCCCUUAAACAUAUUUACAGCCAGUCCUGCAUUCCCAGUCAACCAAGACAAGUGUUUGUCUUUACUGAUGGUGAGGUGGGGAACACCAAAGAAGUUAUAAAUCUGGUGAGGGACAACUCAGGCUCCCACAGGUGUUUCUCUUUUGGGAUCGGGGAAGGAGCCAGCUCUGCUCUUAUCAAUGGGUUGGCCAAGGAAGGAGGAGGUCACGCUCAGUUCAUCACAGGAACUGACAGGAUGCAACCAAAAGUGAUGCAGUCGCUACGAUUUGCUCUGCAGCCAGCUGUAGUGGACAUCUCAGUCACAUGGGAUUUACCAAAGGCAGUGUCUGUCACUGUCCUCUCUCCACCCAUCACAACAAUUUUCCAGGGUCAAAGGUCACUGGUUUAUGCUCAGCUCACUGGACAGAGUCCAGAGGCAGCAGAGGGCUGUGUGACGGUGAAGUACAGCCUGGCAGGUCAUCCAUCCCAGAACCAGCUCCGCUUCAGUCUCAAACCUGCAAAGGACACUGGACUAACAGUCCACAGGUUGGGUGCUCAGACUCUGAUUCGCUCCCUUGAGAUGGAAGAGAGAGAGCGCAGAGGACAGCAAGAUGGACGAGUGAAGCAGAAGGUGGUGGAGCUCAGUGUCCAAUCAGGAGUGAGCAGUUCCUUCACCGCCUUCAUUGCUGUCAAUAAAAGUGACAGCAAGGCGAUUCAAGGACCUCUGUUGCGCAGAAAUGUUCCAGCACCCAUGAUGAUGAUGAUGAGCUGUGGUAUGCCAGCAAGACUUCAGAGGUGUGCUGCUCCAACCAUGAAAAAUUGCAUGAUGUGGAGGGCCAUGCCACAGAGUUUGUCUACGCAGAGUUGUGAUGAUUAUGCUGCUCCAGUCAUGCGAAGUCGCAUGAUGGGGAGGGCCGUGUCACAGAGUUUGUCUACGCAGAGUUAUGAUUUUGCUGCCCCAGUCAUGGGAAGUCCAUUGACGGGCUGUAGUAGGUCAGCUGCUCCACCGAUGAGAAAAUCGUCGGUUGCUGCACCUCAGUCUCCCCGCAGCACAGCAUUAUUCUCCAGAAUGAAGCAGAAGCUAGGUGGCUGGAGGAAGAAAAAAAAAAUGUCUGAGAAGAAGUACCAGUUUGAGAGUUCUCUCUCCCACCGGCCUCCACACACUUAUGAUACUGGGUAUAACGAGGCUGCUGGAGAAAUCUAUUAUGAGACCCAACAAUUCCCCCUUGAGCAACCACUUGACGACAGCCGCGACUCUUGGACCAAGCAGCCUAGCAGAGACACUUUGCUGAAGUUGGUGUCUCUCCAGAAGGCAUGUGGCUGUUGGGAGCUUGAGCCAGCUUUGGCUGCUUCGCUGGGAAAGACCAGCAAGGAGGUGGAAAACCCAAAGCCUACAUUGGUGAGCAAGGAAGUGUGGGCCACCAUUCUGGCUCUGAUCUGGCUUCAUGGUUUUAAGUCAGAUGUUCGGGAUGAGUGGGAGCUUCUGGCUAUGAAGGCUGUGUCAUGGCUCCGUGCUAAGAACGCACCAUGUGUGACAGAGUGUGUGGAAGCUGGAAAUGCACUUUUGGACUGCAGCGUGCAGAAAGAUGCGCUGGGGCUCUGAGGUUUCCAUUAAAGCUACUUCUCCUUCAGGAUCCAUACAGAUCACAGAUUUACUCCAUUCUACAGCAUUUACUUCAUUAACAUUGCACAAUACUAUCUUCAUUGGUAGUUAUUAAAUCCUAUUCUUUUUUUUUUAUUUCAGUGUGGUGUUUUCCUGUAAAAAAUGUAACUUUUCAAAAAAAGUGCUCCAUAUUUAUUUGAACAUACAUACAUACAUGA